AUGAGAAAUUGGCCGAUCUAUGAAGAUGAGGAAGCCCAAACGAAGAAGAAGCCCACAAUAGAUCUACGUAGAAAACGAAAUAGGAAUUUGGUGGUUUUGUGUUUUGCAGAAGCUGCCUUUCCCAAUCUCAUCUCAACUCAUUCAUUCCCUUUUGAAUUUCAGCACGAUAAAAAACUGUCGGUGGAGGUGCCGUGGAGGAGGACGUUGAGUCGUGCUGCGGCAGCAGUGAUUCUAGGGAAGUCGAAGGUGAAUAUGGGCGGCGGACGGUGGCGGAAUGCGGUGGCAGGAUGUGCAGGUGGUGUGGGGAGAGAGAAUCAUGUGUGUUGUUGCUGCCAUGUAGGCAUCUUUGCCUCUGCAACAUUUGUGGGAGUGGGACCACCCCUGUCAAAUGCUGCCCAGUAUGUAAAUCUGCCAUGA